AACGUAUAUAUGAUAGCAGAUAACGUUCAUUGGUCAUUCAGCUAAAAGACUUCAACGAAGUAACAGUAACUAUAACAAGUGGCGUUUAAUAAUUAUAUUUUUUAUACGCGUUUUUCUUGAGUUUGUUUUACUUUCGGUAUAACAAACAUAAUGGAUAAGAACGAGAGGUGUGAACCGCCAAUUAAAUAUCCAAUAAAACCACCAGGCCCACCGAAAGUGUGGAAUAUCGUCGAGAUUAAAUUAAAAAACGCGGAAACACCGAUAAGAUUUACCAUUCAAGAGAUACCAGAGGACAGAUACGAAGAGGCUAUUAAGCACAUGUGCAAGUAUUUUAUUGCCGAUGAACCUAUGUGCAAAUGCAUGAAUGGAAUAAAUGAUCCUGAAUAUGUGAAAAGUUUUGAGCAGAUUUGGCGUACAUUAAUAAAUCAUGGUUUGUCCAUCGCAGCGUUUACGGAGGAUCCAAAUGGCGGGAAACCUAUAAUCGCAGGACUUAACGUACUUACCUUGUCCUUCAAAGAUGAGAAGUUCAAUUCGGACGAAAUUAAGUCAAAGGGGGGACAAGUUGUAUUCGAUGCUGUGUUACAUUUGAACAAAGAAGUAAAUGUGUUUGAAAGAUAUGGGAUAGAUAAAUACAUGACCGCUUUUGGCCUUUCGGUUAACCCUUCAUAUCGAGGAGCUGCUCUAGGUGCUCAUCUUCUUAAUGCUAGAGUAAACGUAGGUCGCGAGUACAAUAUUCCAGUAACAAUCACAGCAUUUACCUCGCCGAUCUCACAAAAGUUGGCCGAACGAUGCGGCUUUGAAACCCUGAUCGAGAAAAACUACGACGAAUACGUGGAUGAAAAGGGGAACUUACAAUUUCCAGGAAUCACAGCGAAAUCCAUGAAAUUAAUGGGCAAGAGACUUCUUUAAUACAAACGACAUGUUGUGAAUUGUAAUAGAAAUAUGUAAUAGUAGCUCAAUAUUUCUUGUGUGAUCCAAAAAAAAAAAAAAAAAAAA